AUGGUUCAACUUUGUAGCCCCAAACCUCACUGUGGAGUUCUAGAAGCCAACAGUACCUAUUGGACUUUGGGCAUCUUAACGUGGACAUCCCAUAAACUCUCCAAGGGUCCCAUUGACUUUGUUACCUCAAUAAUUGCUCACAUCUCCCCACUGCCCUCUGCUGGCCAGAGCACCAAAUCGCUCAGAUUCCUGCUGACAAUUCUGCUCCCUUCCAAACCUCCCCCAAGCCAAAAGGAUAGUUCUCCAAGAAGAAACCUGACACCAGGCACCAUGUGUGAUGAGUCCAAGCCCGGUGGAGCAGCUGAUAUGAUGGAGAACCAAGACAUUCUGAUAGAGAACCCAGGGAUUUUCCUACUGAUAACAGCAGAAGCAAUGAUAGUGGCAAGAGUCAAAGCUGAAAGGAGGCAGUGUAGUCUCCUAGGAGCCGUGCGGGGCCAGCGAAGUCUGCUGCUGGGCCCAGCUCGCCUCUGCCUGCGUCUCCUUCUGCUCCUGGGCUACUGGCGUCGAUGCCCACCUCUGCUCCGGGGCCUGAUACAGCGCUGGCGUUAUGGCAAGGUUUGCCUGAGCUCCAUGCUCUACAAUUCCUUUGUGGGCAAUGACACUGCCGUUGAUGCUGCCUUUGAGCCUAUCUACUGUCUGGUGGACAAUGUGGUCCGCUGGUUCGGAGUGGGCAGGAAUGACACUGCUACUGUCUCCAUCUGUAAGAAGUACAUUUACCCCAAGCCAGCCCGAACACACCACUGCAGCAUCUGUAAUAGCUACAGAAGUUGGAACCUUUUCCGGGAGGCUUAUGCUGCCAUCGAGACACACCACCAAACUCCACUACCUACCUUCUCCUUUCGAGAGAGGAUACCUGACAAGAGUCUUGUCUACCUCUGGUUCCUGUGCAGUUCUGUGGCCCUGGCCCUGGGUGCCCUAACCAUGUGGCACGCUGUUCUCAUCAGUCGGGGUGAGGCUAGCAUCGAAAGGCAUAACAACAAGAAGGAGAGACGCCCGUUACACGCCAAGGGCAGGAAGCCUUACAACUACGGCUGCUUGGACAACUGGAAGGUGUUCCUAGGUGUGGACACAGGAAGGCAUUGGCUGACCCGGGUGCUGUUACCUUCUAGUGACCUACCCCAUGGGAAUGGGAUGAGCUGGGACCCUCCUCCCUGGGUGACUGCUCACUCAGCCUCUGUGAUGGCCGUGUAAGCCACAACAGU